AUGGAGAUACUCAAACAGCUCCGCAUAAAUAUACCCUUGAUAUAUGCAAUUAAGCAAAUUCCAAAUUAUCCCAAGUUCAUGAAAGACAUAUUCACUAAAAGAAAAAGAGUGGGAGAAUUUGCAACUAUUGCACUCACUCAAGAAUGCAAUCAACUAGUGCAAGGCAAGCUCCCUCCUAAGUUGAAGGAUCCUGGAAGUUUCACUAUACCUUGCAACAUUGGAGAAACAUUUUAUGGAAAAGCAUUGUGCGACCUAGGGGUAAGCAUCAAUCUGAUGCCUUUGUCCUUAUUCAAGAAACUAGGGAUAGGUAUAGCCAAGCCAACAACCAUCACUUCGCAGCUAGCAGACAAAAGCAUUUGCUACCCCCAAGGGAAGAUUGAAGAUGUACUAGUUAGAGUUGAUAAAUUGGUAUUUCUAGCUGACUUCAUAAUCAUGGAUUUUGAUGCUAACGAAGACAUUCCCAUUCUUUUGGGAAGACCUUUCCUUGCUACGGGAAGGACAUUAAUUAUUGUGGAGAAAGGUGAACUCACCAUGAGAGUAAAUGGUCAAAAAAUGGUAUUUAAUGUGUUGAAUGCAUUACAAUAUCCUGAGGAAGAAAUAGCUGAUUGUUCAAUGAUUUCCUGUUGGGACGGGAUUAUUCAUAAAAGCUUAUUAAAGACCACUGAUGUCCUGACUCAAGAGAUGGGAAAAGUAAAGGAAGUACUUCAAGAUGGAAUCAUGUUUUUCCAUAUGAAAAGAUAA